AUGCACAGGAAGAUGUCUGAAGAGCUCACAAUUCUACUCAUGUUGCCUUCUCUCCUGCUGGUCUCGGGAAGGCAAGAGGCUCCUCUCCAGGUGAAUGGGCUCCUAAACCAGUCUGUCUCCUUCCAACACCAUGUGCAGCGGGUCCCACUAAAAAGAGUAGUCUGGGAACUGGAACACCAUGGCGAUACCUUCAAACUGGCAGAAUACAAGGAUUUCAAUUUAAUUAUCCAGAACAGUCGAUUCGCUAACCGCCUGGAAGCAUCUGACGGAGGAACAACAUUGAGAAUCAGAGACCUGAGAAUGGAGGACAGUGACGUCUAUAAAUUGUUAAUUACUCUUAGAAACGCGGAUAUAAAAACAGUGUAUUUCAAUCUCACCGUCUAUGAACCUGUUCCGUUACCAGACAUAAAAACAGAAGGAGUUAUCAACAGCAAGACUUGGUGUAAUUUUACUCUUCAUUGUUCCGUUCCAAGCAACGUAUCCUCGGGGUCCCUCAGUUGGCUGUACAGAUAUAAAGGCGCUGGGUACCAGCACUAUACUGGGAGAAGCACAGUGGAGAUAUCCCUGCACAAUAGGGCAGACAAUAUGGAAUUGCUAUGUUUGGUACAAAACCCGGGAGAUAAAAAGAAUCAGAGCGUUUAUGUACAUGAUAUCUGCCAUUAUCCCAUGUUGAUAGUCACUGAUAAUACAAGGUGGAUUAAACAGUAUGUGAUUCUCCCUAUUCUCGUAUUACUGAUUCUGAUUUUGGUGCUGAUUAAAAUAUAUAUAUAG